AUGCAAGCGUUGGGCGUUGCAACCAUUUCGCGCACACCUGUUGCCGAUCGCUUUCUCUUCGCCCGCACCACACGGGCACUGGUUGCUCCACCGCCGCCUUCUGGUGUAAUUCUAUUUUCUGCAACCAGCUCCACAUGCUCAACUCGUUGCACCGUUCCAAGUCGGUCUCAGUUUCUGCCACACCACUGCUUCUCCACCGCAGCUUCAGCCGACGCCACUACUUUCGCGUCCAGUAGCUCUACUAGCUCGGCAGGGGAGCAGCUGCCGCAGCAGAAUCUCCCCAAUAAUCUCGUAACUCCUUCUAGUUUCUCGUUUCGCAGUACACUCUCAAAACGGGACCCGGUCCCCGCGCUCGAGAACAAGCGGAACAAAGCCGGACCGCCGUUCUACGUGAAGCGCACCUCGAGCGGGAAUUUGCCCAUUUAUGUUUUCAAGAAGAACAACAAAACGCUUGCGCUUACGGUGAUUCGCAAGGUUCGCGGCGAUAUCAACGAGCUGAAAAAACAGCUGGAGGUGCUUUGUCGUACCCGAGUGAGGAUAUCAGAAUCGCAAGGACUAGAAAUAUUUGGCGACUGCAAGAACGUGAUACGGAGCUACUUGGAAGGCUGCGGGUCGUGAAAAGUGAUCGGGAAAAAAGUAUAGAAGAAGCGGCACCUGCUACAU